CCGGAACUGAAAAACAUAUACAACAAAGAUGGCGUCUCCCGGCGAGGCAGCAGUGAAAGAUACACACGUGGGGAAAAAGAAGAAGCCUCCAGCUCGUUACUGGGAGGAGGGGAAAAAUGACAACAAAGUGGGAGAAGACGGGAAACAGAGCGAGGUGGCUCCGCAACAGAAGGAGCGACAGAAACAGACAGCAAAGAAAAGAAAGCAAGAAGAAGGUCACAGAGAUGGAAAGAAAUUCAUAUCAGGGAAAUCUGACCCUUUCCCUGGGCCUGCUCCUAUUCCAGAAGACAGGAUACAAAAGUUCAAGAGAAAAGACAAAACUAAAAAGCCUCGCCACCAGCAUUACAAGUUGAAAGACAUGAUCACUCACUCAGAUGAAGUUUCAGAAAUGGCUCAGAAACAAGCUGCCCGCUUUGAUCUGCUACUCCCAGAGGAUGCAGGGUUUCUAGAAGGAGAUGAAGAUGAGGACACAUGUACGAUCUCUCAGGAGGAUAUUGCAGAUGCUGUGGAUAUAACAUCUGCGGCAAAGUAUUUUAAUCUGAAACUGUCUCAGUUCGGACCAUAUCGAGUGGACUACAGCAAAACUGGACGUCACUUGCUGCUCGGUGGGAAGAGAGGCCAUAUCGCUUGCAUAGACUGGCAGACCAAACAGCUAAUGUGUGAGAUAAACGUGAUGGAGACUAUCAAUGAUGUGAAGUGGCUCCACACUGAGGCCAUGUACGCAGUGGCUCAGAAGAAGUGGCUGUAUAUCUAUGACUCGAACGGAAUAGAGCUCCACUGCAUCCGCAAAUUCAACGACGUCCUUCGUAUGCAGUUCCUUCCCUACCACUUUCUGCUAGCGACAGCGAGUGCUACAAGUUUCCUGCAGUACCUGGAUGUGUCUGUAGGAAAGGAGGUGACAGCCAUCUGCACCAAGACUGGACGGCUUGACGUGAUGUGCCAGAACCCUCAUAAUGCCAUCAUCCACCUGGGCCACUCCAAUGGUACUGUCACCCUCUGGUCACCCAAUCAGAAAGAAGCCCUUGUCAAGAUGCUCUGUCACCAAGGCGGCGUGCGCUCUGUUGCUGUAGACAAAACGGGCAUAUACAUGGUGACAUCUGGUAUGGAUAAAAAGCUAAAGGUAUACGACAUCAGAGCCUUCAAACCCUUCCAGUCCUACUUCCUCCCUGCAGGAGCUUCCUGUUUGUCACUGAGCCAGAGGGGGCUGCUGUCUGCAGCCACAGGGGAUAUCGUUCAGGUGUACCGAGAUGUGUGGAGCACUCCAGUGACUAAACCCUACAUGGCUCACAGAGUUCGAGGAACAAUUUGGGGGAUGCACUUCUGUCCCUUUGAGGAUGUCCUCGGGGUGGGACAUGGAGAGGGUUUCACCAGCAUGCUCACACCAGGUGCGGGAGAGCCAAACUUUGAUGGUCUGGAUGCAAAUCCAUACCGCAGUGCAAAGCAGAGGCAGGAGUGGGAGGUUAAAGCCCUGCUGGAGAAGGUCCAGCCUGAACUCAUCAGCCUCGACCCAGCCGAGCUGGGACAGGUUGACCGCGCCACCUUUGAGCAAAGGCACAAAGACAGGGUCCAAGCUCUGGGCUUUGACCCGCUUGCCAAGGAAAAAUUUAUUCCCAAGUACAAGAAGAAAGGUCGUAGUUCGGCUGGCAAUGUUGAAAGGCGAAAGAAACAAGUGUCUCACGAGGACCAGAGGGAUAUAAUCAGGAACACUGCAGAGGACAAAAUGAAGAUUGAAAAAGAGAGAAAAGAGAGGCAGAAGAAAAAGGCGGCGUUAUCUAGCAAGAGAUCUGCUCUGGACAGAUUCAAAAAAUAGAAAAGGAGGACCCUUUGUGCAGCCCAAAAGCCAGUGACAUUCUGUGGGAGAGACCUUUGAACUUCAUAUAAAGGACACAUUACUCCAAUGUGGGAACAAAACAGGAACUGCAGAAAUUCUGGAUGCAGUCGGCUAAUAAAGACGCACUGUCAGGCCUGGCAGAUUAUCUGUAAUCAAUGUUGAGUGCAGUGAAAGGGCAACUCUAUUUAGUGCCUGUAGCCUGAAGCCCUUCCUGUCUACAUGGGUGCAUAAUGUGAGGUGCAAUGACGAGCAUGGGUGUCAUCCAGAAUUUGUGUGAAGUUGUAUUUUUUCUCUACCGCUAAAACCCUUUUUUCACUCAUUUUUAACCUUGUCGAAUGGAGUGCUUUGGUGGCUGAACUGACUGAGCGUAUGUCAAAUGUUUUAUAUGAAUAUGUUCUAAAAAUAAAUAUGAUGCCAAGCCUCUGAA